GCAUUGACCCGUUUCGUACCGUCUUGUUGAUAUUUUAAAUGAAAAUGAAUUAGUUAAGGUUUUAUAAUGUUUAGUAUCUAUUUUUAUGAAACUGGAACUCAUUAAAGAAAGCUUUUUAUACCGGAUAUAAAUAUGGUUGACUGUUACUAUUUUUCAAAUCUAACAUCCUAAAUUAAACAAGGAACAAUGAUGAAUCGUGAGGUCACAUUUUUGUUUCAAUUUGGCCUUGUUCGAGACACAGUUACGAUUGAUUCUUCAAUUUUAAAUUUAAAAGUCGUUAAAGAGCAUGCUUGUGACUUCAUUAAUAGUAUGUGCCCUGAUCAUGGAAUAAACAGACUUAUUGAAAGAAUUUUAUUGUUUCGUCAUGAUUAUAAUGUCCCAAAUAUUUUACAAAUUGUAAACUCAGCAUCAGACAUUGUUGAUGAGACUCUCGUUGAAAUAGUACUUACUGGUCAAGGUCUUGUUGAAGACCCUCCUGUACGCCCACAUGCUUUGGCAGUGCAUUCAUAUAAGUCUCCCACAUUUUGUGAUUUUUGUGGUGAAAUGUUAUUUGGCUUAGUUCGUCAGGGUCUAAAAUGUGAAGACUGUGGAUUGAACUUUCAUAAGCGUUGUGUCGUAAAAAUUCCAAAUAACUGUUCACAAAAUUGUGUAGAUACAAAACGUUCAAAUUCUUCAGCAUUACAUGUUCCACGAAGUACAUCUGAUACUGGAUCAACUUCUUCUUUGAUUUCUACUGUUGAUGAAUCUACGUCUCUUAUUAAGCAUGGAGGUAAAACAAGCAGAUCUCCUUCCUUAAGUAGUCGUAUCACUCUGAAUGAUCGAGAUCUGAACCGUCUUAUUAAAAUUCCUCAUACUUUUGUGGUUCACAGUUAUGCCAGACCCACUGUUUGCCAAAUAUGUAAAAAAUUGCUGAAAGGCUUGUUCAAACAAGGUAUGCAAUGUAAAGAUUGCCAUAUCAAUAUACAUAAAAAGUGUAUCAGUAAAGUGCCCAAGGAUUGUUCUGGAGAAAAUUAUCAGCCAGGCGGUGAUUUCUUGGAUUCUGGUACAGUCAGUGAUACUAGUGGAAAGGAUGUCACUGAUGAAGACAGUGAUACAGAUGGAAAUUCACCUUCAUCAGAAAAAGAAAUAGGAAAUAAAAAUUCUCUUUUAAAUGAAACUCUGGAAGCCAACAAUGAAAAUGUUGGUAAUGUUGAACAAGGAGAAUCAUCUUCUAACAAUAUACCUUUGAUGAGAAUAGUUCAAUCUAUAAAACAUACCAAACGGAGAGGAUCUAAAGUUUUAAAAGAAGGUUGGAUGGUCCAUUUUACGAAUAAAGAUACUAUGAGGAAACGUCAUUACUGGCGUUUAGAUUCAAAAUCACUUACACUUUUUCAAAAUGAAACUACUUCUAAAUAUUACAAAGAAAUCCCGCUUGCUGAGAUUUUGGAUGUAUCUGCUGCGAAAAUUGUUAUUGGAGAUGUGAAGCAUUGUUUUGAAAUAAGGACAGAACAAGUAGAUUAUUAUGUUGGUGAAGAUACAAACUUUUCAACUGGUGAUGGAGCACAUAUUGGAAAAUCUUGGGAAACUGCUAUCAGGCAAGCAUUAAUGCCUGUUACUCCUAAUGCAGCUUCUCAAUAUAAUAAUGAAAAUGAAGGAAGAAUAACUGAUAUGACACUUUUAUAUCAAAUAUUUCCUGAUGAAGUUUUGGGUUCUGGACAAUUUGGAAUUGUAUAUGGAGGUGUUCAUCGGAAAUCUGGGAAAACAGUGGCCAUUAAAGUUAUUGAUAAACUUCGUUUUCCUACAAAACAAGAAGCUCAAUUAAAAAAUGAAGUAUCUAUUCUUCAAAAUCUUUCUCAUCAAGGUGUAGUGAAUUUAGAACGCAUGUUUGAAACACCUGAUAGAAUAUUUGUGAUUAUGGAGAAGUUAAAGGGUGACAUGUUAGAAAUGAUACUGUCUAGUGAACGAGGUCGUUUGUCAGAAAGAAUUACAAAGUUUUUGAUUACACAGAUUUUAGUUGCCCUGAAACACUUACACAGUAAAAAUAUUGUCCACUGUGACUUAAAACCUGAAAAUGUUUUGUUAAGCUCAAAUUCAGAUUUUCCUCAAGUAAAAUUAUGUGAUUUUGGUUUUGCCCGAAUCAUAGGAGAAAAGAGUUUUCGUAGAUCUGUUGUAGGAACACCUGCUUAUCUUGCACCAGAAGUUCUUCGUAACAAGGGAUACAAUCGAUCUCUGGAUAUGUGGUCUGUAGGUGUUAUUGUGUAUGUUUCCUUAAGCGGAACAUUUCCUUUCAAUGAAGAUGAAGAUAUCAAUGAGCAGAUUCAAAAUGCAGCAUUUAUGUAUCCACCUAAUCCUUGGAAAGAAAUUUCUUCAGAAGCUAUUGAUCUUAUAAACAAUUUGCUUCAAGUUAAACAGAGGAAAAGAUUUACUGUUGAUAAGUCACUUUCACAUGUUUGGCUUCAGAAUUAUGAAACAUGGUGUGAUUUAAGAACCUUGGAAAAGUCAACUGGUGUUCGUUACCUGACUCAUGAAUCUGAUGAUGCUCGUUGGGCAACUUUCAAACAGGCUAUUUAAUAUUUAAAAUUUUAGAACUUGGGUAUCCAAACUGAGGCCUGCACAUCACUAUGUAUUAUGCUGAUUUGCCAUGCGACCAGGUGUGUAGGUUUUAAAUGUUUUAUUCUUAAUUUUUAAUUAAAAAAAACAUUUUGAAGUUCUCUUUCUGGGGUGGAAGGAUAUUAUAGAUUAGAUAUUUGAAAUGGGUAAUAAAUUUACUGUCGAAGUAUAUGCAUUUUAUUGUAUAAAUAAUAGUAUAAUUAGAGAUAAUGUAUUAAUUUUAUUAUAUUUUUAAUUUAAUCUAGGUAUAUACAGUCAAAGCUCCAUAUACUCACAGUUCCAAAACAUAUGUAUGCUUUGUAGUUUUAAAAUUAUAUUUACUUAUUUGUCAGUUAGGUACACUUUAAAACAAACAUAUAUCAAUGUAUUUGUAAAUAAACACGUCUUAUUGCCACUUGUCCAAGUGUUUUUUGACAAAACACUUAAUCAAAGUUAUAUUGUUCUUUAUAAAAGACAUCUACUCACGGCUAGUCGAGGAUGUGUAUAAUAUUUUUUUUGGUUCAACUUGUCGUUCCUGCUAAAUGGAGUAAAUAGCAUGUGUUCCAUUGUUUGUUAUUUAUAAUGUUGAGUAAAACCAAAGAAAAUUAGUUCCUGUAUGUAAAAAAGUUGGUUUCUUCUCACAUUAUUUUAUGGGUCAUUCGCUGAAACUAGAGAUAUUAAUGUAUUAGCUAAAAUUGUCCUCCCAUGUUGAUUUAAAAAAAAAAUUCUAAUCCCAAAUUGAAAUUUAUACUAUUCCUUGUAUGGACAUACUUGCCCACAAAUCUAUUUUUUGUGACAAAAAAAGAAAGUGAAUUCUUUAGGUCUCUCAUUCUUACUUGUUUCCUUACCUGAGUUCUAGUCUUUGGGUCCAUAUUUCACUGGAAUAGCCUUAUUAAACUUCAAGUACAUGAAUGCCUUUCAAUUGUGAGGUUUGUAGUUUCAUAAUUUGGCAUUUUAAAGAUACAAUCUUGGGAUCCUGAACGAUACUGGUUUUAGUUACCUUGUCUCCAAAUAUUAACAUCUUUUCCUCACUUUUAAUUAAAAAUCAAGCUUAAGCAAAAGGAAUUAUCGUUUUCAGAUUUCAAAGGUUGUUAAUGCUCAGAAAUGUACAGUUAAUAAUAAUGUUUUCUUCUAAGUAUGUUUAACAUUUUCAUUUUGGACAGUGAACAAUCUGUCCACAAAAAGUUGUAUAAAAUUUGGUGAAUUAAUCUCAAAUUUUUAAUUAUAUCGGGAAAUAAUAGCUUGUUUAAGAUUAGGCCGAUUCAAUAAACAGAUAACCUUGAAAUGAUAUUUACAGAUAUUGAGGGAAAGAGAAAGUGAAUGGGGGGGGAGGUGGAUUUUAAGUUUAUUUAGUCAAGAAUACAUAAUUAUAUAGACUGUGGGAGGAGGAUACUAUUUAUUUAACUACUUAUUCUUUUUAAAUGACUUAUAUAUCCUUAUUUGCAAAGUAGAAGUAAUAAUUGUAUUCUCUACCUUUUCCCUUUGUUAAGUAAAGUGCAGAUGUUGUAAUUAAAAAAAGGUCUGUAUUUAUUUAUCCUCACAAGGUUUUUUCAAAGGUACAUUCGAUUCAAGUUUUUAUUUAUGUUGCAAUACUUGUUUCAUCUAGGAUUUAGUACUCAAUUUUUUUAUUAUUUAUUAUGAGAUGUAUGUGGAAUUAGAAAUUCAUGCAAAAUGCGAGAAUAGACUAUAAAUAUUAUUGUGUUUUCAAUGUUAGCAAGAAAGCAUGCAUUGCCAUUAGGUAUUUAUACAAAAAAAAACAAGAUCUUAGGAUUCAAGUAGAAAGCAAAUGGGUGUUCAUGAGUUUAUAGUACCUAAUUAAAUAGACAAAUUUGGCUGAUCUCCAGAUUGAAAACGCCCAAAUAUCGAGAAUUUUUGUAAAUAAAAAAGUUUAAGGUUAUAAUGAGAUGAAGUUAAUCACAAUAUUUGGUUUUAGUUUUAUUUUCUAUAAUAUUGAAACAUGCAGAAGUAUUAAAAUACUAUUCAUUCUUCAAUUGAAAUAUCAUGCUAUGCUCCCAAAAACCUCAUAGAAUAUUUACAUUAUCAAAUGCAGGUUUUUGAUAACUUAGAAAGGUGUGAUUUUGGUGACAGUAUUUAAUAACACAAGUUCAUAUUGAUUUCUAUAAUGUAACUCUUCAAAAUAAUUCAUUUCUGAUUCUCUUUCAUAUGCAUUGCAAAUUCAAACAUUACCUAUUUAGUGUAAGGUUUUCUAAUAGUUUGGAUGUCAUAAACCUUCCUAAUGAUUUUAAUAGUUGUGGUAAUAGAUUGACAGUGACAUGCUUAAUAUAUGGCCUUUUUAAGACAAUAUAAAUGGUUAACUAAAAUUGAAAUUGUCAUUUAUGAAUAUAACUUUUGUACAGAGAUUUACUUCUUCAAUUAUUAUUUCACAGUUCACUUAUAUUUUAAAAUUAAACCUGUUCUUCAAUUUUUAUUUAAUUUAUAUUAGAUCAUGAUUAUAUUAUUCUUAUAUUUUUAAUCAUUAUAUCAUCCAUUUUUUUUAUUUGUAUAAUUAAUUUUUGAUACCUUGUUUAACUUUUGAUAACUUAAAAUAACUCCAAAGUUUAUUAAUUGAAAUAGAGAAAUUUAGAAAAAUCAAAAACAAAAAUUCAGGUUUAUUUGUGAAAUGUAUUCUAGGUUGAAUGUUAGUUGUAUUAUUAUUGCCAACCUUAAGUGUAAUAACUUCCGUUAAAAGCAUUAAUGAAACAUCUAUUAAAUUAGAGGUAUCUGAUUUCCGUUGUGUUAUUCAUUUCCUAUUGUAAAUUUAAUGGAGUUAUUUUAUUAUUUAGUCAUGCUUAUUUAAGGUAGUAUAAGAAGGAAUUUUUAGUGACUGACAGUCCUGUAAUGUUAAUAUUUGCUCAAGGUUUUGUAAUUAUUGAAAGUUUUGUUUUUCAUUAUUUUUAGAACUAUUACGUCAAAUUGCACUAAAAUUAUUUAUAUUACACCACAUUUGUUUGUCAAACAUUAAUUAUUGUAUUAUUUUCAUCAAAAUUAUCAUUGAUCGAUAAUGUUUGUCAUUAGUGCUAAAACACUUUGUAUAUCAGUAACACCUUUAACAUUUCAGUAUUUCCUAAAUAUCUAUCUCAAAGAAGCAACUUCUACAUGAUACAUUCCAUAAAUAAUUUCAAAAUGAGUUUAGAUAAUUAUAAAAUGUUACUAAACAUUAUUUUAUUUUUUUUAAUAGCUGAGAAUUUACAGCCACAGUGGAUGUUGGAAAGCUUUUUAGUUUGGUGAUUAACUGAAGUACAAUUUUGGAUCCUUAAAAGUAAAUCAUGCCUUUUAUUGGAUUUAUUGAGAGAAUGUUACCAUGGAAUAUUAUUAAUAUGAACCAGUUUAAGUGGUUAACUAGAAGCCUUUUUUGACUCUUUGAUAGUUUCCUUGUGCUAUACUAAAUGAUUUCUGAUAAUAGAUUUUGUUUUGAUUAAAAUUGGGUAUGUUAAUUGAACAAUUAAUUGAUAUAAAUGAAUUGCCAUUUGGAGUAAGUAGACCUGAUUAACAUAUUCUGUCUUUUGAAUCUUUUAAGUAAAUUUUAUUGAGGUAGAUGUUUUGUUAUUAAAAUACUUUAAUUUAAUAUUCACAGGAAAUUUAAUUACUGUUGGUAUAAUACUAGAUAUUAGCAUAUAGUAAUUAAUUUAAAGUGGAUUUUUCAUCUUUCAUGCUUCAUGUUUUGUCUAUAUUAUUCCCCCUAAAGGAGGUUGAUCAUGCAGUUUCUAAUGUGAAUAUUUUAGAUUUUUAAACUUUACAAUUUUUUUUUUUUUAUUUGAAAAUUAAAACAUCCUGCUGCAUCAAAAUUUUUAAGUUUAAAAUAUUUCACAAUGUAGGUAAAAUUAUUAAUAGAUUUUACCUUCUAAAUGCAUAUGACUAUUUAUUUUUUUAACACUACCUAUUAAUUAUAUUUUAAUGAAGUCCAUUUUAUCUUUUGGUGGAUCUGUAACUAGGUGGGUAAAAGAGGUAUAUGCCAACACCAGCUGAAUUUAAAGGGUGGCAAAUUUCAAGCAAAAUUAAAUUUUUAGGUUAAGGAAGUAAGAUUUAUUUAGGAUAAUAACAUGUCUCUGGUUUUUGAAUGUCAGGAGUUUAAUUAAGUCAAUAAAAUGAGAGAAUGUUAUGAUAUGAUAUUUAUUUCGAAAUAUAAUCUAUAAAAUGCUGUUUUGAAACAACUUUUAUUGUGGGAGGGGAGUGCAAAAUGGGGCAGCAAAAUUAAGCUCGCCCAAUAAAAUUUCUAGUUCCGGCCCUGUAAUUAUUGUUGGUUGGUGUGAUAGCACUAGCUUAAACAGAAAACAUAUCUAAUGUCCACAUUUGUUAUUUUAUGGAUCAGUUGGUUUAGAUUUUUAGUGCUCGUAAGAAUGUGAAUUUAUUAAGAUUGAAUCUUUUAUGGAUUCCUUACAUCAGAUGUAUGUACAUAAAAUUAAUUGCUCACUAAUAGUCUGAUAAAACUGAAAAUAUUGUCUUCCUAUUCUUCUUUAUGAUUCAUCCAUUAAUGGAUAGAUUGUAUUAUAAUAUAAGUUAAGAUAUUAACUACUUCUUUGGAUCUAACAUCAUUGGUUAUUAUUAAUUAUUUCAAUAUAUAAUUGAUUUAUGUUGAAAAUAUAUGGAUUUUUUAAAAUAAUAAUAAUUUUUUUUUUAAUGUCUUUCUUAUCAAAUUAUCUCUAGGGUUCCAAAUAACUGUGAACUUUUAUUUUGAAAAUGUUUUUGUUUUAUUAUCUUCAGAAGUUUUUUGAAAAAAUUCAUUCAAUAACUUUUAGUUAGACUUUUUCUAUAAAGUUCUUUUGAGGACUUUUGCAGUAAAGGUAUUAGAGAACUUUAUGGAAAAAAUGUUUAAUGAAAGCUCUUUCAGAAAUGUUUUAGUAUGGACUUUUUUAUACAUGUUUCGCAAGCUUUCAAUAGAACUUUUUAGCAAAAACAUUCAUAAUUGAAAUUCUCACAUGAAUAAAGUUCCUACAUAAUUUGUCUAUGUGCACACCUAAUCAGGAUUUUAUAUUUUCUUAAAAAUAUUACUCUAUCCCAUGUUCUUUUUCCCCUAAAGAUUCAUUUUAAGUUCUACUCUAUACUCCAAGGUAUGUGAAAACUUAUAUUUUAAAUGAUCUUCUAGUGUCAGAACUUUUACAUAAUAGUUUUAGUUAAAAUUUUAUUUACAGAACUUUUGUGUUAAAACAUUAAAGGUAAGAGUUCUUAUAAAUCAGUUAAACUGAAACUUCUUGAAACACCCCAUAUUUUGUAUUCUGAUCACUUCAUUAUGUGUAAUUUUUCUCAGACUAUUCUUUAGCAAAAUUGCAUAUUUAUUGAUAAAUUGAGAUUUUAGUAGGUUUUAACCAAUGCUCAAUGUUAUUUUAACUUAGACAAUUAUUUUUAUUUGUUAUCUAUGUAUUUUGACAUUUCUUAUAUGUAAUAAAAUUAAUCUCUAUUGACCCUCUAUCUUUCAUGGAAAUAUUUGUUCUGUUUUAAGUAAUAUUAUUCUUUUAAACUAUUAUUUUGUUCAUAGUUGUUAUAGACAAUGUAUGUUAUAAAGGAAGUUAGUAAUAAGAUCAAUAUUAAUUAUGCAAAUAAUACUAGUAAUUAUUUUACUUAUAUUUUUAUUCCUCUAGGAUGUCACAUUUUUACUUACUUGUUUUUAUUUUUUAAGGGAAGUCAUUGAAAAGACAUAAUAAAGAAAGACGUUUGUUUUAAUUUAAAAAUGAUUAUUUUAGACAUAGAUUUAAAGGCCUAAUUGUAAACAAAUAAGAAUAAUAUUGAUAUAAUAUUCUAAUUUCUUGUAUGUAUUUAAUUAUGAAUAGGUUCAAUAUGAAAGACAAAAAAAAAGUUUCUUUUUAGUUUUAGAAUUUUUACAAAAUAUUUUAUUAUUGAUAGAUGUAUAAAUAUUUAAUUUGAAAUCAAUAUUUUUUAUUGUAUGUAUCAAUGUGAAUGUAAUGUUUUGUGGUAUUGAUGUAAUUAAGUGUGAAAUAUAUGGAUAUUAUAAACUAAUUGUGAGUUUCAAGAUGAAAUGCGAACUUAUUAGAGCAACCCUACUGAGUAGUUAAAGCAAUCGAUUCUAAUUACUAAUAUAAUAGUCCAGUCUUAGAGUAGUUACACCUGGAGAAAAAAAAAAUCAAAUAAUUGGUUUUUGUUCUCCAGUUAGUGAUCGAUGUGGAAUAGGAGCCCCCUGAUAGCCCCCAUCAGGGGUACCCAAAAGGGGGUUUUAUGGCGCAAGUUGCGCCAUCAAAAUUAAUGAAGGGGGCACAUUUCGACGGGGUUAUGAAUUUUCAUAAUGAAAAAUUUUAACUAAAAAAAAAGUGGAAUCAUGGAACCAACCACAGGAUGUAUAAUGGUUUAUAAUCUACAAAUGUUCAAAUUAUACUCUCGUUUGCACUGUUUUUAAGAAGAAGAGAGGGAUAAAAUAUCAUGGGAGGAGUGGGAGAAAAG